CAUUCAAAAUUUGUAUUUAAAGUGGAGCGUUUUAUUGUUUUUGGCAUUCGUUUGUGUUAAUAACGCUGUUUACGUUGACGGAGAAUUAGGCGGCAAAGGAAACGCAAUACCAAAGUCGCGUUUAAUGAAAUUACAAAUAUACAAAAUAAAUACGAAGUACCCACACAUCUGCACACACCGCAACACCAAUAACAUAUAAAGGUAAUAGUGAGAGCGCAAAAACAGCGGUAAAUUCGGCAAAUAACGUUACACAACCCAUCAAAACUGCAGCGAGAGAGCGGCAGAGAGCGAAACAGAGCGAGGAAGAACAAAAGCAGAACAUGGGUCUACUAAGCGAGGGCAGUCCACUCUCCUGGGAGGAGACCAAGGCACUGGCUGAUCAUGUCCGCGAGCAUGGCGUGAAUCAGUUCAUCAACCUGUACCACAGACUCAAGGAUCGCCAGGGCGACAUUCUCAAAUGGGGCGACGAGGUGGAGUACAUCAUUGUCAAGUUCGAUGAUGAGCAGAAGGUGGCUCGUGUUGCGCUGCGCGCACAGGAUCUGCUGGCGCAGCUAAAUGAGAAGGAACUGGCCGAUCCCAAGGGUGUCAAGUCGCUGUGGCGCCCGGAAUACGGUGCCUACAUGAUUGAGGGCACACCCGGCAAACCCUUUGGCGGUCUGAUGGCUCACUUCAAUCUGGUGGAGGCCAAUAUGCGCUAUCGUCGCGAGGAGGUCACCGAACUGCUGGCCAAAGACGAGUGCGUCAUGUCCAUCACGAAUUUCCCGCGCCUUGGCGCAUCCAAUUUCACCCAUCCGCUUGCCCAGCCACGUCCCGAGGAUCCUCUGAGUUCAGCACGCUCGCUCUACUUCCCGGAUGAGGCCAUCUUUCCGGGCCAUCCGCGCUUCAAGACCCUCACCCGUAACAUUCGCAAGCGCCGCGGCGAGAAGGUGUCCAUCAAGCUAAAGGUUUUCAAGGACACGAAGACCAAGCUGCCGGUGGAGGGUGCUCCGCCUGGAGAGCCGGACGUGGUGCUCCUGGACGCCAUGGGCUUCGGCAUGGGCUGUUGCUGUCUGCAGCUGACCUUCCAGGCGUGCAACAUUACGGAGGCGCGUCGCCUCUACGACCAGCUGGCUCCCCUCUGUCCCAUCAUGUUGGCUUUGACAGCCGCUUCGCCCAUUUACAGGGGCUACCUAACCGAGUCGGAUUGCCGCUGGAAUGUGAUUAGCUCGUCGGUGGAUUGCCGCACGGAAGAGGAACGCGGACUGGCGCCGCUGGAUAAGCAAAAGUUCAGGAUUGCCAAGUCGCGGUACGAUUCGAUUGACUCGUAUUUGUCGCCGGAGGGUGCCAAAUACAACGAUGUGCCGCUCACUUACGAUGAGAAGGUCUACCAGCGUCUGGUGGAGGGCGGUAUCGAUCAUCUGCUGGCCCAGCAUGUGGCCCAUUUGUUUAUCCGCGACACCGUGUCGCUGUUCAGCGAGAAGGUGCACCAAAACGACAACGAGGACACGGAUCAUUUCGAGAACAUUCAAUCCACCAACUGGCAGACCAUGCGCUUCAAGCCGCCGCCACCGAACAGCUCGAUUGGAUGGCGCGUCGAGUUCCGACCUUGCGAGGCACAGAUCAGUGAUUUCGAGAAUGCGGCCAUCGUGUGCUUUGUGGUGCUGCUCACACGUGUGAUCCUCUCCUACCAGCUGAACUUCCUCACGCCAAUCAGCAAGGUGGACGAGAACAUGCAGACGGCCCAGAAGAGGGAUGCCUGUCGCAAGGAGAAGUUUUGGUUCCGCAAAUCCUCGAAGACCACCGAGCAGCGGGCGGCCAAGGCACAAGCUCAAGCUCAGGCCCAGACCAAUGGCAAGGCCACUUUCAAUGGCAAUGGACUGGCCAAUGGAAAUGGCAGCGAGAACGGUGACCAGGAGGAGCAGCAGCAGCCUCUGACCAACGGUUCGGCCAAGAUGAAUGGUCACGGCAACACCAAUGGCACCACCAACGGCACGACCAACGGCACCAAUGGAUCCUCCAAUGGAUCGUCCAAUGGCGCCGAUAGCGAUCACACCGACACCGAUGACGAGGAGAACGAGCUUUUCCAGCUGCUUUCCAUCAAUGAGAUCUUCAAUGGAAAGCCCAACGUAUUUCCGGGUCUGGUACCAUUGAUUCGCAGCUAUUUGCAGUCCAUGGAGGUGGACACCGAUACGCAUUGCACCAUUGAACAGUAUCUUCGCUUUAUCCAGAAGCGUGCCGCCGGCGAGUUGAUCACCACGGCCACCUGGAUGCGUGAACAGGUGCUAAGCCACCCGGAUUACAAGCAAGAUUCCGUGGUGAGCGAGCGCAUUAACUACGAUUUGCUGAAGCGCAUACAAGGCAUCCAGGAGGGCAAGCAGGUGGAACCGGCGCUGCUCGGACAAGGCUAUCAUUCCAAGACGAAGACGAAAGACUUCAUUCCGCCGGCAUUGCAAAAGCAGCUGGCCAAGAACGGCUGCUGUGAGGAGAAAUGAUCGAGAAGCGCGCUGCGGACGCGUCCAACGCAGCUGGCCGCCGGUGGCCGGCGCAUGUGAUUCGGGUUUUGUGGGUCCGUUCGGAUGGAGUGCGGCAUAUAUGUUGAGGGCAAAGUGAGCGGAGGCAUCGGCAAAACGAAACGGAAUGAAUACGAUACGGAUACGGAGCAACAUUUAUUCAAUUAUAAUUUAAUAGCAUAAUUUCAAACGGAUUAACAAUUAGCGUGCACCAAGAUCCUAAUUGUGGACAAAUGUUUUGCGGCCGUGCAUGACCUUUUGGAAAUGAAAGUCAGGCAGACAAGGAGAUCGAGAAUGAGAUGAAGAUGGAGAUGGAGAAAGAGAAGGAGGAUGGAUUAAGGAAUGGUUAUGGGGCACACGAGGAUCCACCUACCGGAGGAUCCCCCGCCAGCCAGAAAAUCCUUCGCAUCACCAUGCUCUCGUCAUCGUUUCGAUGGGACUUCGAGAUGAGAUACUCGAGCCAUCGAACACAGCCGAUUUGCCAUAGUUAAAUAGAGAACUAAAGGGAACUUCGAAAUCUACUAUAUACCAACGUCGAGAACUAAAACAGCAACAUAAAUCUCAACCAAGUGCCGUUCCACAAGACCUACAAAAAUAUUGAAUACAUAUAGUUCAAAACGAGGCAAGGUUAAAAGCGUAUUUCUGUUUGUUUUCGUUUACAUCAUAUAUAUUUAUUAUAUUAUUCCUAUUCUUAUAAAUGCAAGUACAAUGAAAAGUUGUUUAUUUUUUUUAAUAGAUAUAUUAACACACACAUACACACACACACACAAAUACAGAUACACACGCAAAUACACAUAUGUCUAAAAGUGGCCUGCUGUUAUUAAACUAGAUAUGAUAAGUACAUAUAACGAAAAACAACACUGUGCUAUUAUAAUUUAUUGUGUAUGUGAUUGUUUCACCAUUAUGAUACGAUUAUGAUUUAUUGUGACCACAAGCAAGCAAAUAAACGGAAAAUAUUGUUGAAUCUUAAAA